UUGGCUCAUCUCUCAUCAUUAAUAAAAUGUUUUUGUUUUGUAUCAACAGAAGCAUCAGCAUCACCAGCACCACCAGCACCAACCCAGCAGGUGUCCUUAAUAAAACUUAAGGAAGAAAAUGCAUUUUUGAAAUCCAAAAUCAAGGUCCUUGAGGACAAAUGCCAAGAUUUGGAGAAUGAGAGGGAUUUCUUGCGCAGCAGUCUGACAAAUGCAUUGUCAACAAAGGAAGAGAUGCAGGCAGCUUACUCCAAACCCCCCCAAAAUUUAAAUGUGAAGCCUGACUCUUCUGAUGAAGACUCUUCUGACCUGCCUGAAGAAAAUAAGAAGGUGAAAAAGCGAAGAAAGGAAAAGAAAAAAAAGGAAAGCAAGGUCAACUCUUCAACCUCUUCAGAUGAAUCUUUUUCCACCUCUGAUUCAUCGGUUUCCUCUUCACCACAAAAAAAGAGGAAGCAUAAGAAAAAAUCAAGAAAGACAGUAAAACGCAGAAUGAAAAAAAACAGAAGAGUGUUUCUACCAGAAGAUGCAGUCCAAAGAUACAAAAAGGUCCUGCAGUACUUGGAACAGGGAAUAACCAAAACGCUGGCUUACCAAAAGUGUGGGGUGGACCGCAAAACAAUUGUGGAUACUGCAGCGAUAGCAGAGCUAGAAGCUUGUGACGCUGAAGCCUACAAGACAUUGCGUGAAAAGUUUCAUAGAGGCCAGAAACUGUCAGAGUUUGCCAAACAAUGCAAAGAAAUGUGCAUAAUGGAGCCACUUCGAAGCAUCAUCGAGGAAAAAAAGAAGAAUGGCAUGCUUAUCGACCUUUGCCAGAAAAAAAAGUAACUUGAGUAACACGUUAGAGAAACAAUGCCGAAGUUAAAGUUCAGGCAUACACAAUAUACAGUAUGCUGUCAUCUUAUCUGUUGUUAUAUUUAGUAAGUUCCUAGUAAUUUUGGUAUUAAUGUUUUCUUUAAGACAGUGUUAACCUUUUGAUUGUUUUGCUGUGAGAAAAUAGACACAAAUUCAUUGAAAACAUUAUAAACACUUAUUGCAAUAAAUGUAAAUGUUCUUGCAAUUUUUCAUU